CAAGCAGUGAAGCUAAGGAACAACAAGAUCAAACAAACCAUACACCUAUCUACGAUGCCUGUCGAGAUCAACACCCCCGAAGAGUUCAACGCCGCUAUCGGCGAGAAGAAGCUGACGGUCGUGCAGUUCUCUGCGCCGUGGUGCGGCGGCUGCAAGAUGGUGGCCCCCAAGGUGACCAAACUGAUGGAGUCGGACUUCGCUGACGUCAAGUUCCUCAAGGUGAGCGCGGAGGAGCUAGAGGAUUUCUGCGAGGAGAUCGACGUCGACAGCUUCCCAACGUUCCGCGUGUACAAGGACGGCGAAGUGGCGGCGUCUUACGUGAGCUCCAAGUUUGAGAAGGUAGAGCAGUUCAUCCGUGAGAAUGCGAAGUAAGCGUGACGGCGAUUUGCGACCGUCUAUCAAAGCUCGCGCAUGGUGAUCUACAGGCUUGAUGACCUACGCUAAGAUGGUGGAGAGCGAGUGAGUUUGGUCCCCGGCAUUGCGUAUCGGCAGUGGACUGAA